AUGUCGCUGUAUCGACUUACAUGUGUCUACUGCAAUCUUAAGCUGUCAACUGAUGAACUCUACAAGUGUACUGUCCUUGAUUCUGGAGAUGGUGUCACCCACACAGUACCUAUAUAUGAAGGCUAUGCUCUGCCCCAUGCAAUAGCCAGAUUGGAUCUCGCGGGACGAGAUCUCACCGAAUACAUGAUGAAGAUUCUGAAUGAACGAGACCAAUCUUAUACCUUCACCUCCACAGCUGAGAGGGAGAUCGUGAGUGACCUCAAAGAGAACUUUUCGUACGUUGCCUUGGACUUUGAAACGGAGAUGAAUAUGGCGUCCAAAUUAUCUACUUUGGAGAAAAAUUAUCAGCUUCCAGAUGGACAGACAAUCUCUAUCACUAUUGGAAACGAGAGGUUCCGGUGUCCAGAAGCACUCUAUCAGCCCAGCUUCCUUGGUAUGGAGACUCCGGGCAUUCACGAAAUGACCUGUAAUUCCAUCAACAAAUGUGAUGAAGACAUCCGAAAGGAUCUGUACAAGAAAAUAGUUAUGUCAGGGGGAAGCACCAUGUUCCCUGGAAUAGCUGACAGAUUGCAGAAAGAGCUAACAAGCUUAGCGCCAAGUUCAAUGAAAAUCAAAGUGAUUGCUCCCCCUGAGAGGAAGUACUCUGUCUGGAUUGGUGGAUCCAUCUUAGCCUCACUUUCAACUUUCCAGCAGAUGUGGAUUUCAAAACAAGAGUAUGACGAGUCAGGUCCGUCAAUAGUACACAGAAAAUGUUUUUAA